AUGUCGUCGCCAGACCGUCAACGCAGCGUCUCGCGCGGCCGCGCACGCACACCAGCCCGCCCCGCUACAGCAGCAGCAGACGAAGACGAAGACACGCGACGUUCGCGAUCCUACUCGGACGACAAAAUGAACGGCACACGAGACCGCAGUCCCUCGCGCACGCCUUCACGCGACCGCGACCGAGACCGAAGCUACAGCCGCUCUCCCACGCGCUCACCCCCCAACAAACCACGCAGCGCCAAAAUCGUGAUCGAAAAGCUCACCAAAAACGUCAACGUCGGACACCUACGCGAGAUCUUCAGCACUUACGGCUCCAUCCAGGAACUCGAAAUGCCCAUGAACAAACACUUUAUGACGAAUCGAGGGAUUGCGUACGUGUUGUAUUCGCAGCCGAGUUAUGCGGAGGCUGCUAUCAGCAACAUGCAUGAGGGGCAGAUUGAUGGGGCGGUGAUUUCGGUCAGCAUUGUUCUGCCGAGGAGGAGGUUUUCGAAUAGUCCGCCGCCGAUGAGGCCGCCGCCGAAUCGCUUUGGGGAGCCCCAUCGACAUCGUGAGGGACCGCCGGGGCCGCCGAUGGGGAGGGGACCGCCGCAGGGGGAUAGGUAUGGACGUCCGCCUCCGCCGAGUCGAGGGUCGCCGAGCUAUGGUGCUGGCCCGAGAGGUGGUAGGCGGAUGAGUCCUGGGCCGAGGCAUGCUGGACGGGGAGGAGGUGGAGGAGGAUACCGAGAUCGGUAUGAUGACCGUAGAGACUACCGGCCGCGCAGUUAUUCGACGUCUCCGCCGCCGCCAAGGAGAGGAAGCCCGCCAAGAAGAUCGCGUAGUCCACGAUACUCAAGUCGGAGUCGCAGUCCUACGCCUCCGCGGCGCAGUCCAGCAAGAGGAGGCGGCGGCGGCGGCGGCGGCAGACGGAGACGAAGCUAUUCGAGGUCGAGUUACAGCAGCCGGAGCCGGAGUCGGAGCCAGAGUAGAGGCCGAGGAAGGUGA